AUGGGGAGCACAGGUGAAGCAGAUAGGAAGCGUCGCCACUUUAGCUCCAUCUCACCUACAAGUGCUGCGGCCAAGAAGCAACCCUUUAUGCCUCUUUCCGAGGAUAAGAAGCUCGACGCAGCGGUUCUUAAGUUUCAAAAUCAAAAACUUAUUCAGAAAUUAGAAACACAGAAGGUUGAGAUUCUUCGUUUGGAAGAGAAAAUCAAUAAAUGGACCGAGAAACAACGGCCUUAUGAGAACAUUGUAGCAGCAGCCUGGCAAGUGUGGGAAGAGGUUGUCGAAGACUUUGAAUCCCAUUCAAUUUGUGGAAAGGACGUAGCCAGAUUCGAGCAAGGGUUCGAAGAUCUGCUUAUCAGGGACUGUGCGCACCUUCUUUUUCAGACUGAUGGAUGUUCGUCUUCCUUAGAAUCUGUUUCCGCAAAGGAUGUUUCUGAGGAUGAUAUGAUGAGUGGGCCUUCUGUUAGUGGUGCAGCUGAAUGUGGCUCUAGUCACAACACUUUAAUCGGUGAAGGGGAAGACUAUCAGAAAAGCAGCAAAAAGAUCAGUCACGCGUUGCAAACUAUUUUAGCUAAUCUCGAUAGUCAAUGGCAAUUAAGGGAUAAACUGUACAAUGCAGUUUACAGUGCAGUUCCAGGAGACGGAUUGAGCCAGCAGAAGAGUUUUCUUGACUUGCAGACAGAAGUGAAGAAUGUGAGAGCGGCAAUCUGUGAUCUUCUCUCAAAGCAAAAGUCAUUUCUUUGUGAACUGCAAGAACAGAAGGAUAAAGAAGCAAAAAAUAAGGUUGAGCUGAAACAUUUGAAAGAGGAAUUGGAAAGUACUAUUGCAGAAUUGGAAGAAAGUGCUUGUGAAUUGUCAAAUCUAAAAGCAGACAAAAAUGCCACAAAGGAAACCAAUAUCCCCAUCCUUGACCGGUGCAAUAAUGCUAUUAAUAGUGAUAAGUCGUUGGACAAUCAAAAAGAUUUGGAAGACAUGGAAUCUUCGCUCAAGGAUCUACUGGAUCAAUCUGCUUGUCGAGUGGUGGAACUCAAACGCCUUCAUGAAGAAAGGAUAGACAUAUUGAAGCAAUUAUCAACAUUGCAAAACACUUUGAAGAAUUUCAAGUCUAUUUGUUCUUCAAAAGCUUAUCUCCUAUUAAAAGAUCAAGUUGCAAAGGCUAAAGCAGAUAUUAUCCGUUACCAAGCACUCCAUGAAAAACUACAGUUGGAGAAAAACACUCUUGCGUGGAAGGAAAAGGAAAUGCAGAUGAAGCUUGAGUUGCUUGACUUUAACCAUCGAUCUGCUGCUAUUGCUGAUUCCAGGAUCAGUGAGCUGCAGAAAGAGAUACAGAAAUGUGUAUUUGAAAAGAAUCAAAUGGAAGCCAAGCUGGAGCACACAUCAAGAGAACCAGGUCGGAAAGAAGUCAUCGCGGAGUUAAAAACUUUAGUUGCGUCCUUCCCAAAGGAAAUGGGUCGUAUGCAGAGUCAAUUAAGUUCUUACAAAGAGACAGCCAAAGACAUUCAUGCUUUGCGAGCUGAUGUUAGAUCGCUGUAUGGUAUUCUUGAAGACAAGGCUAGAAAUAUGGAGAAGUUGUCUGCUAGAUCAACUGAGCAAGCUGCUGAUAUACUGAAGUUACAAGCCUUGAUCCAUGACUUGAAGGAGAGUGAUGCGGAGUUGAAACUCUUUUUGCAGAUGUACAAUCGUGAAUCUGUUUGCUCAAGGGAUGUUCUUGACGCUAGAGACUUGGAAUAUAAGGCUUGGGCUAAUGUACAAAGCCUGAAGACCUCCCUUGACGAGCACAACUUGGAGUUGCGAGUUAAAUGUGCUAUUGAAGCAGAAGCCACAUCGCAGCAAAGGCUAGCGGCCACUGAAGCAGAGAUCGCAGAGCUAAGACAGAGGCGAGAGGCUUCUAAAAGGGAGGAAGCCAAACUUUCUGAUACUCUUAAAUUCAAACAUGAAGAGACUGAGGCCUAUCUUUCUGAGAUAGAGACAAUUGGUCAGGCCUACGAUGAUAUGCAAACUCAGAAUCAACAGCUGUUGCAGCAAAUCACCGAGAGAGAUGACUACAACAUUAAGCUUGUGCUAGAAGGUGUCAAAUCUAGACAGCUUGAGCAGAGCUUGCUAUUGGAGAAACAGACUAUCGAGAGAACAAUUCAGCAGGCCAAUGCUUCUGUUGAAUUCCAUAACAUAAAAGCCGCAAAAUUUGAAGACCAGUUGAGAUUAUGCUCGGAUCAGGUUCAGAGACUUGCAGAAAAUAGGGUGAAAAAUACAGUUUCUUUAGAGAAUAACCAAAAAAAAAUCGUUGAUUUGAGAAAAUCAGCUCAGCAGCUGAGAGAAAGUGUUGAUGAAUCUCAGUCAAAGGUUGACAGAAACCGUGUGAGUCUUGCAGAGAUGCAAAUAGAAACAGAAAGAGAAAGGUUUGAUAGGAAAAGAGAGGAAGAGGAGCUAGAAGCUGCAAGGUUAAAGGUUUCUCGUCUCAAAUCACAGAUGGAAGGGUCAUCUGUUCUUGAUAAGCUUCGGCAGGAAGUCAAAGAAUACAGAGAAAUUUUGAAGUGCAGCAUCUGCCUUGACCGCCGAAAAGAGGUUGUCAUAUCAAAAUGUUACCAUCUAUUUUGCAAUACUUGUAUCCAACGGGUUGUUGAAUCUCGGCACCGCAAGUGCCCAACCUGUGCAGCUAGUUUCAGUGCGAACGAUGUAAAGCCUGUUUACAUUUGA